UUACUUCACUUGCAAAAUCAUCAUACACAUUGCAACUUGUUGACCUUCUUAGACCACGUGUAAGCGUUUUGAUUUAUUUGACUAUUGUUUAUAUACAAUUAAAAGAAUAGUAAUUAAUUAAAAUGGGCAGAGGAAGAAAGCAUAAACCAAGGAAGAAUUUUGCCGAAAAGCGUCGAGAGAAGCAGAAGAAUAAAGUUGAAUCAGAUAGGGAAAAAACUCGUGACUAUGCAGAAAUUAUACGUGAAAACAAAGAUUUUGAGACAUAUUACAAGCAGCAAUCGAUAAUGCCAGAUAAAGAAUGGGAUCCUUUUUUGAAAACAAUGCGAGAAAAUUUACCAACGGCUUUUCGUAUUACUGGUUCACGAGCUGAAGCAAAAGCUUUGUUGAACAUCAUUAAAAGUGAUUUCUUUCAAGAAAUAUUGAACAUGAAAAAUAAUGAGAAUGGAGAUAAUGAAGGAGAAAAAUUACGACCACACUGUUUACCAUUUUAUCCGGAUGACUUAGCUUGGCAAUUACAGUUGACUCGUAAAGAUAUUCGACGAUCUGAAGCUUUUUUCAGGUUACACAAUUUUUUAAUAGCUGAAACUAACAGUGGAAGCAUCAGCCGGCAAGAAGUAGUAAGCAUGGUACCUCCAUUGGUAUUAGAUGUCAAACCUUGGCACAAAGUUCUAGAUAUGUGUGCAGCUCCAGGAUCUAAAACAGCUCAAUUAAUAGAAAUGAUUCAUGCUGAUGAGUCAAUUUCAUCUCCAAAAGGCUUUGUUGUUGCUAAUGAUUUAGAUAACAAUCGAUGCUACAUGUUGGUUCAUCAAGCCAAAAGGUUAAACAGUCCAAACAUUCUUAUUACAAACUGUGAUUCCUCUAUAAUGCCUAACUUUAAAGUAACUAAUCCUGAUGGAAGUAACGGAGUGUUGAAAUUUGAUAGGAUUUUAGCUGAUGUUCCAUGCAGUGGUGAUGGAACGAUGCGAAAAAAUCCUGAUAUCUGGUGUAAAUGGACUCCAGCUAAUGGAAAUAAUCUUCACGGAGUUCAAUACCGAAUAGCCAAGAGAGGCUUGGAGAUGUUAGCAGUUGGAGGAAAGAUGGUUUAUUCUACUUGUUCGUUAAAUCCAGUAGAAAAUGAAGCAGUUUUACAUAGAAUUUUAUCAGAAACUGGAGAUUCUGUUCAACUAGUUGACGCAAGAAAUGAUGUGCCAGGUCUUAAAUGUAAUCCAGGUGUGAGUAACUGGAUAUUAGGUACAAAAGAUCUUCAAUUUUAUAAAUCUUGGGAAGAAGUCCCAGAACAUUGGCAAACACAAAUUCGUCCAAAGAUGUUUCCACCUAAACCUGAAGAUGCCCCUAAAUAUCAUUUAGAAAGGAGUAUGAGAAUAUUGCCUCAUCAUCAAAAUACCGGAGGAUUUUUCGUGGCGGUUUUAGAAAAAGUCAAGCCUCUUCCUUGGGAAAAUGAUACUUCUACUGUUCAAGAAACUUCUUCUAAAGAUCAAAAACCCGUAGAAGAAAUUAAAGAAGAACAAAUGGAAGUUGAUAAAGAUAAUGAAAAUAAAAAAAGAAAUCUAGAAGAACAGAAUAAGCCUCAGAAGAAAAGGAAGAGGAUAAUAGGAUACAGGGAAGAUCCAUUUGUAUUUUUUAAGGAUGAAAAUGAAGCUGUUUGGCCAUCAAUUAAAGAUUUUUAUGGUAUUUCUGACGAAUUGGAUCCUCGAUGUCUCCUUGUGAGAUGUCAUGGAGGAAAAAAGAAAAAUAUUUAUUUAACAUCACCAGCUAUCCGAGACAUUGUUUUAUUAAAUGAAAAUAGUAUUAAGAUGAUUAAUACUGGUGUGAAGACAUUUGUACGAUGUGAUAAUAAAAAUAUGAGAUGUCCUUUCCGUCUGGCACAGGAAGGAAUAAGAAGGGUUUUCUCCUUUGUGAAUGAAGAACGUAAAUUACAUGUUGCUAAAGAAGAUCUGAUAACUCUUCUUCAGAAUAAUGAUCCUCACAAGCCUCCAGAGAUUGAAAAGUUAACUCAGACGACUCAAGAGCGAUUGAAAAAUAUUGCAACGGGAAGUUGUAUAUUAAUUUAUGAAGAAAAUUUGGAAAAUUCUGAGCCACUAAAAUUAAAAAUAGCUGGAUGGCGAGGAAUAAUGUCCUUACGAGCUUAUGUUCCAGUUUAUGAUGCAGUUCAUUUUCUACGAUUACUUGGAGCAGAUUGUUCUAAAUACGAAGUCAAUAAAUUUGAGCAAAAUAGGAUUGCAAUGAAGAAUAGUACUGAAACUGAAAAGGAAAGUGAAUUAGAAGAAGGUGAUACAGGUGACAAUGUAAUGACUGAAGAACUGAAGUUGAAAAGAAUUGAAGCUGUUGCUUAAAUAAAUAAUUAAGUAUGAGGCAAUUAUUGGUAAGCCCAGUAGAAUUAUUUAUUUUCGCACUUUUUUGUAGGUCGUUUAUAAAAUAAAUCUGAAUUGAAUGCA